CUCUGGGUCAACGUUCUAAAUGCUCAGUGCUCUGCUCUGGGGUACUCAGUGCUCUAUGGACCUGGCUGGAGAAGGAUUAUUGGGUCAAAUCGCUCCGUUUGCCGGUGAUUGGUUGUAACCGAGUUUUCUUACAAGUCCCCUUGGUUUGCUGAAGCUGCUGAGGAAGACAUUGGAGUGGAACCUGGACUGCUAGCAGCUAGCGACUUCCUUUAAGUUUGGUUUGGAGUGGGCUCCCGGUGUGAGUUUACUCUGGGGGGGACCUGCAUGCCAACUGUACUGGAUGGUGACACCUCCCUCUUACCCUCUCUGAAGAAGUGCAGAGCUGUCCCUGGGAGAGCAGGGCUUUUAAAUGGAUCGCCACUCCAGCCUGAUCUCUAUCUGGCUGCAACUGGAGCUCUGUGCCAUGGCCAUCCUACUGACAAAAGGUGAGAGCCAGGGUAUGGCAAUGGGGGGCAGAGCCGACAUGGGGUCAGAUAUUUUACUGAUAGUGAUCAGCACAAAGCUCUAGUGACUUCAUGCGUAAAAUGCUGGUGUAAUAUAGAGCUACAGCAGGGAAUGUGGAUAGUGUACCAUUGGAUCUGAUUAGUGAGUGUAUUAUUAUUAUAUAUCACUGGCUGUGAAUAGUGAGUGUGUUAUUAUAUAUCACUGGCUGUGAAUGGAAAGUGUGUUUAUUAUAUAGCACUGGCUGUGAAUGGAGAGAGUGUUAUUAUAUAUCACUGGCUGUGAAUAGCGAGUGUUGUUAUAUAUCACUGGCUGUGAAAAGCGAGUGUUGUUAUAUAUCACUGGCUGAGAAUGGAGAGAGUGUUAUUAUAUAUCACUGGCUGUGAAUGGUGAGUGUGUUAUUAUAUAUCACUGGUUGUGAAUGGAGAGUGUGAUAUUAUAUAUCACUGGUUGUGAAUGGAGAGUGUGAUAUUAUAUAUCACUGGUUGUGAAUGGAGUGUGUGAUAUUAUAUAUCACUGGUUGUGAAUGGAGUGUGUGAUAUUAUAUAUCACUGGUUGUGAAUGGAGAGUGUGAUAUUAUAUAUCACUGGUUGUGAAUGGAGAGUGUGAUAUUAUAUAUCACUGGCUGUGAAUGGAGAGAGUGUUAUAUAUCACUGGCUGUGAAUAUAGUGUGUUAUAAAUCACUGGCUGUGAAUGGAGAGAGUGUUAUUAUAUAUCACUGGGUGUGAAUGGUGAGUGUGUUAUUAUAUAUCACUUGCUGUGAAUAGUAUGUUCUAAUAUCUCGAUUUAAAAUACAAUGAGUAUGUUCUAAUGUUCUGUGGCAGUGUUAGUAGUGUGUCCUAGUAGUUAGUAGUGUGUCCAUAGCUCAGUGUGUUCUGAUAUAUUAUAACUGGGUGUUAACAAUGAAUAUGUGCUCAUAUCCCAUAACUGAGUGUGCCCCUAUAUCUCACAACUCUGUAUGUAUAGUGACAGCUUUCUAAUGGCUGGCUGACAGCAUUAUUUACUAAAAUGAAAAUUCGAAGUCAUUUUCACGUUAGGCCUUUUUUUUUGCCAAAUUGGAAGCUUUUGUUGAUUUAAAUAAAUAUUUUGAUUUUAAAUUCACCUUGAAUUAUCACACUAGUGAACAAACCUGUGAGUGAAUAGUGUGUUCUAAUUGUUUCAAUGAAUGCAAACAGUGAGUGUGUAUUAAUGUCACUGGAUGUGAAACGUGAGUGUAUUAAUGUGUCACUGCGUGUGUACUAACGUUUCAUUGGAUGUGAACAGUGCAUGUGUUCUGUCUCACUAACAGUGUUCUAUCUCGAAUAGUGAGUGCCCUCUAAUAUGUUCAAAUCACUAUGAAUACUUAGUGUGGUCUGUGUCACUGAGUGUGUACAGUGAAUGUGUUCUGGUUGUAUUACAGACAGUAUAAGUAGUGUAUUUUAAUAUCUCAAACACUGAGUGUUAAUAGUGAAUGUUCUGCUGGUCUGCCUUUAUCUCUCCUUUAGAUGUGUUCAUGAGUCUGUGACCCCCAUUUAUGAUCCAGUAAUAGUGGGCACCAGGGGGCUCUGUCACAACUUAAAUUCAUAUUUGGUUUUAUGGUUCAAGUCCCACAUUAGUUUUUUUGACUGGAGUCAAGUGACCUUUAAAUUUUAAAACAGUUGACCAUUCACUUGGCAUUCUUAGAGUCGAUUUCACUGAUCAAACCUUCAAUCUUUUAAUACAUAUUUUAUUUUUUACCCUAUGUAUGUUUGAGGGUUGCUGGGAUGAAAGCCACCUCUUUAUGAUCAUCAAUCAUUUUACUUAAAGUAAUAGUGUCCCUUAUUUAAACUUCAGGGUGCAGGGAUCUGAUUCACAAGCGGAGUACAUACAGCUCAUUGCACAGAUAGUAACUAUUAAAACCUGCACUUAUUUACUGUUUAUUAAACAAACAGAUCAGUUUUCGAAUGUUGCAGUACACACUUAAAAUAGUCUCCAAAAUAAGUAAUUUUUAUGUACUUUUUUUUCAUAAACAAAAUAAUUAUUUUAAAAUGUAAAGAAUUUAAAUAUUUUUUAAAAAUAAAUCUGUGCUUCAUUAAUUCUAUUAACAUGGUGCUUAUUUUCUGCUGGGCAUACAUAAAACGUUGUUCAACCCUGACUUUUAAAACCCUAGUUUUAAAAGCAGAACAAAAUAUUAAAUACAAAUUAAGGGACAGAUUCUCUAUGAAUUAAAGUGAUACUUUUUGGAAAGGUAGCUAAGGAACUAGUAGAAAAAAAAAUAAUGCUUUGUUUAUUUACCCAAGGUAAGGCAAAGGGAGUGGGGGAUGUAAUUAGACCCAAAUAAGCAACUUUAGCUGUCUCUGAGUGAUACCUCCUGGCUCUAUCAAAGGGAAAUAGACCAGGGAGUAAGUGAGAGAGACUGAUGUGAGGUCUGAGAUACUGAAACUAUGCGCCUGAUAAUGAUAUAAUUAGGGGCUUGCAUACUUACUGCCAUUGACAUCAAAAGCUUUUGGAAAAAAAAAAAAAACUUUUAGUCUCCCGUAGCCAUCUUGACUAGAAACAGGCAUUUUUUGGUAAUAGCUUCAUACAGUGUACAGAGAGGACUUAGAGAACAGAGAGGCCAUUGUUCAUAAAUCCAAACUACCCAUACCCUCUUGGCCCUUUGCAAAACAUUACGAGAAACUUUAUACAAAAAAAGGGCCAAAAUAUAUUUUUAAUGGAGCUGUGCACAACAAAACAUUAACUCAGGGGAAUAUGUUCCCUAUUAACCCAAAGGAUCAACAUCACUGUAGAUAAGUCUGUUUUUCAUGUAAACAAGAUUUUAGGGCUCCUAGAAUAAUUAUUGCUAAAUUUGUGAGGUCAAUAGUUUUUUUUUUUGUUUUUUUUUCAUAGAAUUGGUCGAAAAGUCCAACGCAACAGGAGAGCCAUUGUUUAAUAGUUACGUAUCAACAUUUUUAAUACAAAGUUAGAAUUUUACAUGGGUAUUGAUACAGCAUCUGAAAGAAAGUGCUGGCUGAGCUUCAUGUGACAUAUAGCCCAUAAACAGCUGGUAGCUCUCAUAGAUUUAGAUUAUACGUAGAGGGCACAGGCUAUAUAUUAUAAAACAACCAAAACAUUUAAAAAAAUAAAAACAAACUACACUGGUGCACAUAGUUCUAAAACUGGUGCAGUUGCCAUAGAAACCAAUGGAAUGUGUCAUUCUGCAAGAGCUUUUCCCUGCAGAUAGAUUGCAAGCAUUCCCGUUGGCACUGCAGUGGUUAAAUAAUACUAGAUUUGCACUCUUCUUUAAUGACUGGAAUAAAAAGGUAAGCUCCCCAGGAGCACUUUGGCCUUUUAAAGCCUGAGGGAGAUCUGGUCAGUGCUAAUGCAAUGCCUCCUGUUACACAGGCAAUUCUCUGUCAUUUGGAUUCCAUUAACUAGACUAUUAAAGGAGGGUAGCCCAGGCCAGAGCAUAAAGGUGUAAUAUGAUCUCAAGGUGGGCUGCACUGUAACAACAUUCAAACCUCUCAGUGCAUUGUAUGUGUUCUAUUCUACCUAGAUCACACUGAUACACUAAAUCCCCGUAUUCCAGGAUGGAUGGGUGGGAAGUACUCCGUUUAACAUGAGUUUAGACCGAGUUAGCUUUUAUAUAUUAUUAUUAUUUUAUUAUUUCUAUAGCGCCAGCAAAUUCCGUAGUGCUGUACAACUCUUUAAAUCAUAGUGUGUUCAUGAUUACAUUUUAUUAAAUAUCUCUUUAAUAUUUCAACAUGUUCUUCAGUCUGCAUACUGUGGUACUCAAAUGGUUAAUCAGGUUUAUCCUUUGAUCUAUACAUUAAAAAAAGAUAAGAUUGUAUACAAUAGCAUAUAUAUAUAUAUAUAACAUAUAUAUGCUAUUCUAUAAAUUAUUGUUUUUUAUUAUUAUUUUUUUUAUUUUUUUUUUUUUUACCCAGAGUUGAAAAUCCCUGUUUAUAGAAAAAUGUAAUCUACAUCAACACUGACAUGUACAUAUUAACCACUAAACAUCUCUUAUCUCCCUCCCUCCUCCUCCGUCUGCACAUAGUACACACAUUCCCUUUGAAAUGUGCAUUCUUACAGUGUAGAAGUUAUGUUAAUUAAAGGCUUUUACUGGUAGAUGACUGGCGCAUACAUUUUUUGUUCACAUCAGAUUGAAGGGGCCCAGGGCAGGGAAUAUAUAUUUUUUUUUUUUAUGAAGGGAACCUUUUUAUCGUUUCCUUUUGGAUAGAUUUUAUUUUUCUUCUGAGGUUUCCUGGAAGAUUUUUUUUUCUCCUUAAGUGUUGUAGUAUUGGAUUUUUAAUUUUUUUUUUAAAGUUUAUAUGUUUCCCCUUUUGACCACUGUAGAUCGCGUGCAAGCAAGGGGGAAGAGACAGUAGUCUUGCAGUUCUGACUAUUUUAUGGCUUUCCAUUUCAGCUUAAAGGAAUUGACUUUGGCAAACACACUAGUAAUCGUAAGCUACACGAUUCCUGCUUUAUAAUGUUCAUUAAAGAGGACUUUAUGGAACAAAUGCCCCUUCUGUGGCCGUACAUGGGUGCUUUGACGCCCUUUGUCCUGGUAAGGCCGUGAAAUGCAAAAAAGGCCUUUUUCAUUUUCCUUUGGUUGCAUAUACUCCAUUGUACAGCGCUACAGAAUCUGAUGGCGCUAUAUAAAUAAUAAUAAUAAUAUACUCUUUGCUGUGUUUUCAAAAUCACGUACGAGGAUUAUUUAUUUGUAAGUGAUUUCAUUCAGAUUAACCGUUAUUGAGAUUUGCCACUCCCCAAUCUACACAAAAAUGUCAAAAUAUUUGUUUGACUCGUAUCUGUCAAACUGUAUACAACAGUUUAUCUUGGAGUUUAUUCAACAAACAGUGAGUUGUAGUUAUGGGACAGCAGAGUACAAAAUUGUACAAAAUUGAUCAGAGAAUUGCAGAUUCUAAGUUAAAAUAGCAAAAUUUAAAAACAUUCUUCAAAGCAUUUAUUUUUCUAGCUCAACUGUUUUGACCUAAAAAUCACAGAAUUAGAAAAAUAAACAUGCCAAUUCUCAGUUUUUUUUGCAAGCUUCCAUCCCAAGUGUUGAAACUGGAAAAAUAUAUUUAAAUAAAGCUUAUUGGAAGGUUUUUUUUUUUUUUUUCAAUGUGACUAUCUGAUUCUACAUUUUGAUGACUGGUUAAAGUCACCGCAAUUCACUGUUUAUUUCAUAUUCUUUAGGGAUUUUUCACUAAAUAGCUAAUUGCAAAGAAUUCACCAUAGACUUACAAAUUUAAGGCAAAAGUAGUUGAGCAGAAAAAUUAGCUGACUUGGUGAAUAUUUCCAAUUUGACUAUUGGGCCUACACUUUACACUUUCCCUCAUAUAUCCAACAAUUUCCAGUUUAUUGAAUAAGCCCGAGUACCUUGAUUUCACACUUUCACCGACACAUGGGUCGAUGUUACAAGCACAAAAAGUAUUUAUGAAAAUGGUGUUACAUUACAAAAAUUCGAGCGGUAAAGCCAGAAAUGGCUAUUUGGAUGCAUAACAUAUCUCCCAAUAAUUUUAAUAUUAAUUUUAAUAUAUGUAUUUAUUUUUUCUUAUAGGUGAAAUUAGAUGCUACUGUGAUGCACCACACUGUGUUUCAACUGGGUAUAUGUGCAAAUCUGAACUGAAUGCCUGCUUUUCAAGGCUACUUGACCCACAGAACCCCAAUUCACCACUCACACAUGGCUGCCUGGACUCUCUGGCUAGUACAGCUGACAUCUGCAAACAGAAAAAAGAGGAAAACCAGACUGGGACAGUGGUACUGAGGCUGGAGUGCUGUCAUGCCGAUAUGUGCAACUACAGAGGUCUACACGAUGUCCUUUCUCAUCCUCGGAGUGAUACAGCAGGUAUAUUAUUAUUGCCAUUUAUAUGGCACCAACCUAUUCCGCAGCGCAUUACAGUAUUAUAAAGGAGGAAAUUUAACAAUAAAUUAGACAAUUACAAAACGUUACAUAAGCAAUAGGCUGAUGAGGACCCUGCUCUAAAGAGCUUACAAUCUAGAGCAGGGUUGUCAAACAUGCGGCCCCCCAGAUGUUGCUGAACUACAACUCCCAUGAUCCCCUGGCUAUCUGUUUCAUUGAAAGAAUCAUGGGAGUUGUAGUUCAGCAACAUCUGGGGGGCCGCAUGUUUGACAACCCUGAUCUAGAUGAUUCCAAUCUAUAGGAAACCAUUUUAAAUUUCGGUGCCUUUCCUUGAUCUACAGGGCACCGCUGGCUGCGAAGACACUGUGUGUCUGGUAUUGAUUUUGUUGUUAAUGUAAUUAGAGAUACCAGUAGGGAAAAAGCAUGCCUAGAGUUAAAAGAUGUAUUUCUCUUUGGUUAGCUUUGAUGUCUGUCUGGAGUCCUUGGCUCCUGUCUGGCUUUUAGUGCCCACUGCAAACAUUUAUUCCAGUGGUUGCUGGGUUGCUCAUUUGCAGUGGAAAUGUUGCAUUGUCGCCAGUUAACUAUUUAAACGCCAGUGCCACAGGAAACCUAUUGCAUAGCAAAUCCGUAAAUAGCCCAAUCACUGAUACUCGUACAGUGUUAUUUACUAAAUCGCAAAUUGAUGGGAAUUCAAAGUAAAUGUAACAUUUUGGACAAAUAGCCAAAUUGGAACUUUCCCAGUUUGGGUAUUUUUAAAUUUUUUAAAAGUUCAGCUAAAAUUUGAAACGUUUCCUAUCAAUUCCCAUUUUAAUUAAUAGCCCUCCUAUAGUUAAUACUUUCUCUAGAUAAAUCAGUAUUGUCCAUAUGUAACUCUGCCAUACCUAUUGUUCAACAGUUUUUAACACUUUAUUUUUUUUACCCUAAACAGGAGCUGGUAGCAAAUACCAACAUGAUAACACAAGAAACCUUAUCACCAAGGUACAAGAACUGACUUUUUCAAAGGACGUCUGGUUCAAGGCGGCUGUCAUUGCCGUACCUAUAGCCGGUGGAUUAAUCUUGGUUCUGUUAAUCAUGCUUGCGCUUCGGAUGCUGCGCAACGAAAACAAAAGACUGCAAGACCAGAGGCAACAAAUGCUUUCACGCUUGCACUACAGUUUUCACGGACAUCAUUCAAAAAAGGGGCAAGUGGCCAAAUUAGACUUGGAGUGUAUGGUACCAGUGACCGGUCACGAGAACUGCUGCCUAUCCUGCGAUAAAAUGAGGCAUACAGACCUUGGCAAUGAUAAAAUCAUCUCACUGGUUCACUGGGGGAUGUACAGUGGUCAUGGAAAGCUGGAAUUUGUAUGAUCGUUUUGGAAAUUACAGUCAAGAAGCAGACUAGAGACUCUUGUUUCUAUUGAAAAGAAGCACUUUAUUGUUAAUAUAACAAAACAGACAAACAAAAACAAAACAAAAACAACUUACCCCUCGAAAUGGGGAAGUAUGGGGUCUUUUGCACAGUGAAUAUCUAAUGUUUUCUGUGAUUCCAAAAGAUGUUAUUUGCACAGACCAGGACUUUUAAUAGACCAUGACACACUUAGCUUUGCAAAAAGGCAAGACCCUGAGGGUUAUACACACUGUCACUGAAGUUUUCUGACUUAGGGAGAAAAUAAAUUGUACACAAUGUACAAGUUCCUAUAUAUGUUUAAUGUAAAAGAUUUUUUAAAAUAUAUAUAUUUUGUCUGGAAUGUCUUUAUUUGUGUCCUUUCAGAAAAGUUACAAAUACAUAAUUUUCCACUUAAGAGGUUAAUUGUUUGCAUAUUUGAAUUUAUUUUUUUUUUGCUUGGAAAGUGGCCCCCUGUCUAUUCAUUUAAGACAUGGCUGAAGGUGGAGGCAGUGAGGCCAGGACGAUGGGCACCGUUGAGACCCCAGGACAUCCAGUCACCAUAAAAACAUCAUUGUGAUGAAGUUUUUAUGGUGUCCAUAGCGUCCCUUUAAGUUAUUAGAGCAAAUAUCUCUUUGUCUGUUGAUCUUCAGCAGGUAACAGGGGAGAGUUCACUUUCAUCAAUAUCACACAAAUUGGUCAGGUACAUAUAAUAAAAUAGCUUUAUACACAAAUAACAUAGAAGGCAAAAUACUAUCAGAUUUAAUCAUACAACUCCGAAUAGUAAAAUGUUGGCAAAUAUCCUCAACUGGACUUGAAACUUGACUUAUUUUGGCCUAAAUUUUUGGAAUUUAAAUUUAAUUUGUCUGUACUUCAUGCUUUAGUGAAUAAACCAACAUUUUUCUAGGUUAUUCUCUAAACCAAGCUUUCCAAAACUCCAGCCCUCCAGAUGUUGCUAAACUACAACUCCCAUGAUUCAAUGAAUGAAAUAGGCUGAGAAUCAUGAG